GCACAUGUACGACCCCGCGAAUACCAGCCAUCCAUCCAUCGCUUGUUCCCGGGACCAUGCGCCUGUGCUCCCAUAACCCUUCAUGCCGUCCUGCGACUUAUCCACAAUACAAUCCCAUCUAGCCCGUACAUGAUACCCAAGCGUUGAUUUCCCCGCACCAAGACGGCUAGGCACUACGCAUUCCCCAAUGCACACACCUCACAACGUCUUUCUAUGAAUCACGGAGCUCUAUCUACGACACCCAAUGCUGCUGCUCCUCAGCUCAAGCCCAUUCGCUUCGUGACCAACAAUGACGGCCCCUAUGCCAAGCGGCGCAGGAUCAACACGGCCUGUCUGACAUGUCGCCGCAAGAAGACGCGUUGUUCUGGCGAUCGCCCCAGUUGCGCAAGAUGCCUACAGAACAAUUUGGUAUGCGCCGGCUAUGGGGACGACAACACGUCGAGCGAGGCAAAGGCGGAUGCAAAGGGUAGCAAUAGCAAUGUCGUGAGCAACGCGCCUUCCCGAGAAAUGCACCAGCCAAUCGACCCGCAACUCUCACGACCGCAAGAAGCGCACACCGUACCAAUCGCGUCACGGAAUGCUGGCCCGACCGUCAGCAGUCGAUUUCCAAAGCGUGAGGCUAAUGACGGUAUGCUCAGUCUGAGCACUCGCAAUCGCAUGCCAUAUUUUCGAUACUUCGGGCCAACAGCCAUCAUGCCUGGUUUCAAACAGAUGGUCGUCAAGGUUAGGGGGAAUCGACACGGAAGUGGACAAAAGUCUUCAGAUCAAAACUCCGUAGACUUUUCGCCUGCGCAACCUCCAUUAGUGGGCUCACCUCAAUCACACGAGACUCACGCACCUUUGGACAUCCCAGUCUAUGACAACUCUGCAAUGUUGCCUAGCCCGCUCAUCACCCAACUUUGCAAGCUCUUCUUUACUCAUCUGGGGUGCUGUUUCCCCUUCCUCCAGCGUGAGCGCUUCAUGCGUGACCUCGAAGAGAAGCAAGUGGAUGCGAUACUCGUCGAUGCAGUAUGUGCGCUUGCAGCUCGCUUCUCGACAAAACCCGUCUCGAGCCAUCAGCAGAAAGUUGGAGAUGACGAGCAAUCCAAAGUGCAGCCCUCCGAAUAUGGUCAAGCAUUUGCCCACCGAGCAAAAUCUGCAAUACCAGACACAUUUCCCUGUCCAAGUGUAGCUGUGGUCCAAGCAGCGCUACUUCUCGCGUAUGAUGAAUUUGGAGCCAGUCGUGACAGUGGCCUCUGGAUGUAUCUGGGCAUCGCAAUCCGGAUGGCGCAAGAUCUGGGUAUGCACACUCUUGAGGGAUUGAAGUAUGAGGGACACCACGGACCUACUCCUAAAUCCGUCAUGUUGGGUCCUGGUGACUGCAACGAAACGAGUGGACCAGCGGAGUUCCAGGAGCAUCAUGUUGAGAGCGUCACCCCUGAAGAGCGGGAACAAAGAGACGUUGAACGCGAAAGACUGGACACGUUCUGGAGCAUCUUUUUCCUCGACCGCGUUAUCUCAUCCGGUACUGGACGGCCAGUCACGCUACGCGACCAAGAGAUCGAAAUCUCGUUCCCUUCACUUGAUGCGUACGAUGCUGGUUGUAGAUGGCCGCUGCCAUUUCCGGCCCUGAUCAGGAUCAUCCACCUCUACGGUCGGGUCACUGACCUUCUCAAUGGGAUACGAAAUGCAACAGACAUCACAGAAGGCCUUCAGACGCAGCUCAAUGCUUUGGAGAACCGCUUGACAGAUAUCUACCAGAACCUGUCGCCAAGACUGCACUUCAACGCUGUGAACUUUCAGCAAUAUGUCAAGAUCAAUCAGGGGACGAAUUUUCUCCUUUUGCAUUGCUGGUUCCACACUUUGAUCGUUCUUUUGCACCAACCGACGAUACUGAAGACGUUUGAAGACACUCCACAGUCGCUCUCCGCAAACAGCAGAGAACUGUCUAUGUCGUCGGCCAAGACGGUCGCCGACAUCCUAGCCUUCACGGAGCUCAUUGAUGCGAAGACCGGGGUGGGCAAUCCGUUUACGAGCCAGCCGAUAUACAUCGCCGCAUGCGCAUUUCUGAAGGAAACAGCAAUCCACUCCGCCUCCUCCCAGCCCCAAACUCGACCGCCAUCUCCGGGAGUCAAAAACGAACACGGGCGACAGCAUACAGGAAACGACUUAGCCGAAGGUCCCAACACCUACGACAAAAUCGCCGAACCUCCCGACGGGGAUCGUUGUAAUCUUCAACAAGACCGCGAGCAGAAACAAGCUGCUAAACACACCCUGCUCGCAUCCGCCGCAAACCAAAACUACCAGCGCUGCUAUCGCGCUCUGCAUUCUCUUGAGACGUAUUGGGCGGGCGUCAAGUACAUACUGACAGUCUUGGACCAGAAAGCGAAAGGCGUCGGCGAUCCUCUCCUGUACACAAGGGAGGAGAUGGAAAGCGCGCUCGAGAUGCCGCGCCCAGAACCGUCCUUCACUAGCCCGGGCUGGCGGAGGAAACUCAGCUGGGGCACGUAUCUAACUGCGCAGAAUCCAGAUGGCGAUACGGCGAGGAUGCCUGCCGUGAUCAGGAAGGGAGCGAGGACACCCAUCCUCCCGGGCUCGCCAAUGGCGCAUCCAAGUCAAGGUACGCCGCAUCCUCGACCUACUUCACACGCACAAAACUGACGAUACCAUGCAGCCAUCGGCUGGUCCCUAACAGGCACAAUGAACUCGCCCUCCACAAACGUCGCAGUAAUGUACACUUCAGAAAACAACAGUAACACCCAACCCACAACAACAACAACCCUCACCCCCCACCACCACAUCCCCUCCCCCC